UUUUCCAUACAAUCGCUAGGUGUUUCGAUUAUGUAAGAUUAUUUGAUUUCGUAUCCUUGUUUUAGCCACAAACCAGCUACCUCUGAGUCCUGUACAAAUCCAGCCAUCGCCGCCAUAUUAUCGACAACCUAGUCAAGACGAUGGUAGAAAGGUAUAUGUCUGUACUCUGUAUAUUUUGACAAAAAUUUCUGCUUGAACUUUCCGUCCACCAUUUCGUUGCCGAUGAUAUUUUUAGAGCGAGUCCCCGUCGAGGAAACGCCGUCGAAUAUCCCGGAACGGUGCGGUCCCUGGAAUAGAAGUCCGCGAGACCACGCCGCCAUCUCCUACGCCGCCAUUACACACGACUCCACCGCCAUGGGAAUACUCAACGGCGCCUCAGAGACGAUCACCGCGGAAUCACAUGUCGACACGCGGCAGUCCAACCAUCCGAAAUCGUUAUCAACGUUACACGGACUCGUUCGGCUUGUCCUAUCCUCCCUUUGUGCCUGGCCAUACUCCUCACCCGCCCAUUCACAACUCCCACCAUGGCAUUCACAGUUCUCAUCACAACAUUCACAAUUCGCAUCACAAUCUGCAUAAUUCGCAUCAUAAUAUGCAUAACGCGCAUCAAACGCAUCCCCAUCAUCCGCCACCAGGCACGGGGCAUCACCCUGCGCAAGGAGCAAACGGCCCUGUCGUUGUAGACGUUGGGCAAGUCGGUGUUUCUGGAUUGGGGGUUGCCGUUAGCGGGGAACCGCUCUGGCAUCCUCAGGCGACAGGUUACAGGAUUCCUUGCCAGCUGCACGGCAUAUACACACCGACAGGGGCGCAUCCAUUCGCACACUCGUGCCAGGUCGCCCAUCAUCAUAGUCACUAUUCAGCGGCUCAUCCGACCCAUCCGGGCCAUAGCCUGGUGGGUUCGAUAGUGGGCGCUGCAUCCAGAGGAUAUCCUACGCCAACCGGAGGCCCUGUAGCAGCUCUUCAUCACGCUCACGCGCCUCCGCCACCCGUCCAUACUACUCAUUAUACUGCGCAUCAUCAACUCUCCCAGCAGCGAGAAGUUGAAUUAGAAUUAAUAGAGUCCCAUCAUCAUCACAGAGUGGGGGCCACAGCCGGUGCACCAUUACCAUUACCACACUCGUAUUCACCGCCUGCCCUCACUCAAGUUACCACUCCUACUCCUACUCCUAUAUUCUUAUCGGAAACAAGGAACAGUCAAUUGGAAAUGAUUCAGACGAGAACUCGGCGCACAGCGUCUAACGUUCACACGCUUAGACGAUCAAGGUCGAGUAGAUGGAGGGGUACACCUCCGAUACCACCGACCACUUAUUCAGGAUUCUUGUUGCAUUUCUUUGCAAUGCUCAGCAACCCACCAUUAUCUCCAUACAGUCAGGCGGAACUAUCCUCGCCGGACUCGGCGACCGAAAAUUACGAGGCCUUGCUGUCUUUGGCGGAGAGAUUGGGAGAGGCCAAGCCACGGGGAUUGACUCGAGCCGAGGUGGAACAGCUACCGUCGUACAAGUUCAACGCGGAGACGCAUCAGGGCGAUCAAACGAACUGCGUGGUCUGCAUGUGCGACUUCGAGGCUCUGCAAUCAUUGCGUGUACUGCCAUGCUCGCACGAGUUCCACUCCAAGUGCAUCGACAAGUGGCUUAAAGUAAGUUCAAUGAGAAUAAUUUACGAGUCGUAUUGCUGGCUCAUUCAUUACGUAAGCGUUGAUGAUAAAGUGAAGAAAAUAGGCUUUUAUAGUGGGCCAUUAUCUUUAUCAUCUUUACCUAGGCCACUCUCUUCGAAUUACGUUCCCGUUAGUAACGACGGUCUAUCCAUUUCCUGAUUACAGUCGAAUCGAACGUGCCCUAUAUGCCGCGGUGACGCCGGAGAAUAUUUCGGGAACAGCGGGACCGGUAGCGAC